GCACAUGAAAUAGAUAUCGAACAGCAACGCUUUAUACAAGCGUAUUCCUCCGCGCAUGCGCAGUAAGUAGCAACGCACACCAAAAACAGCCAAACCCAAAAGUGAUUUGAUCACCGCGGAGUAGAACAGACACAUCGCAGCAAUGAGCAGCAGUAAAGUGGCUCUGGUCACCGGUGGAAAUAAAGGCAUCGGGUUCGCAAUCGUGCGGGCAAUGUGCAAGGAUUUCGCCGGAGACGUGUACCUGACAGCUCGGGAUGUCGGUCGAGGAACCGCUGCGGUGGACAGUCUGAAGAAGGAGGGGCUGGCACCGCUCUUUCACCAGCUGGACAUCAACGACCCCGACAGCGUCCGCUCCGCGCGGGACUUCUUCACUGAGAAGUACGGCGGCCUCGACGUGCUCGUCAACAACGCGGGCAUCGCCUUCAAGAUGGCAGACACGACCCCCUUUGGCAUCCAAGCAGAUGUGACGUUGAAGACUAAUUUCUUUGCUACUAGAGAUAUGUGCAAUGUGUUCCUGCCCAUUAUCAAACCAGGAGGUCGGAUGGUGAAUGUCUCCAGCGUAAUGGGCUCGAUGGCUUUAAGCCGCUGCAGUCCAGAACUCCAAGCCCGUUUCCGAAGCGAUGACAUUACAGAGGAAGAGCUAGUUGGGUUGAUGGAGCAAUUCGUCCGUGACGCUCAGGAAGGGGUUCACGCAGAGCGAGGUUGGCCUAGCACUGCAUAUGGGAUCUCCAAAACUGGCCUCACCACCCUGACUAGAAUCCUGGCCCGAAAUCUGACAAAAGAGAGGCCUGGAGAUGAGGUCCUAUGCAAUGCCUGCUGUCCGGGAUGGGUCAGGACUGACAUGGCUGGACCAAAUGCAACCAAGUCACCAGAUGAGGGCGCCGUCACUCCAGUGUACUUGGCUUUGCUGCCUGCAGGGGCUAAAGAGCCCCAUGGGCAGUUUGUUUCAGAGAAGAAAGUGCAGCCAUGGUGAGAGCUAGAAAAAGGAAUGGUGUGUGUUUGUGUUGCAAAGCUGGAGUCAAGUUCAGACACACCAGAGUGAACCAUCAAGAUUUAGACUAGGAAGUUUUGGGCUGUAUUCAGACUGAACCCUUGAGAAAAGACUUCUGGUAUUCCAAAAAAGUUACAAUAGGCAUUGAGUACUUCAUUUUUGUAAAUAUUACACAAAAAGCUUUAAAAUUUGAUCAAAGUUUUGGUGAAUUGACAAAUUGAAUAUCAGCUAACAACCAAAAAUGAUGUGGUGUUAAAGGAAUAGUUCACCAAAAAAGUGGAAAAUUGCAGAAAAUGUACUCAACCUGAGGUCAUCCAAGUUGUAGGUGAGUUUGUUUGUUCAUUUAGAAAUUUAGCUUUACAUCACUUGCUCACCAAUGAAUCCUCUGCAGUGAAUGGGUGCCGUCAUGAUGAGAGUCCAACAGCUUUAUGUUUAUUACAAACAUGUAGCUUUUCAAGAUUGAUCAAGAAUUGAUGGACUGGAACCAUGUGCAUUACUUGAGGAUUAUUGUGAUGUUUUAUAAACUCUUUGGACUCUCAUUCUGACGGCACCCAUCCGCUAUAGAGGAUCCAUUGGUGAGCAAGUUGAUGUAAUGAAACAUUUCUCCAAAUCUGUUCUGAUGAAGAAACAAACUCAUCGCCUGAAGGUGAGUACAUCUUCAGCAAAUUUUCAUAAUUCGGUGAACUAUCCCUUUAAGAUCGAGACCUAUAGUUUAGAACUCCUGCUUGUGUGUUAAAUAUUUGAAGAUGCAAAAUGCACAAAUACAAACAUUUAAUCCCAAAUUCAUCAUUAAUUUUGCUCAGUUGAUUGUAACAGUCAUCUUGUUGGGUUCAGACUGAUGAGUGUUGUACCUAUAAAAAGAAAUGUAAUUAAUCUGGAAAAGAAAACUGAACUACAAAAAUAAAAUUCCAUGACAUUUCUCA